CUGUCUUGUAGUAUAACGUCUAUGCCAAAAGCUCCCAAACAAAUUUCACUUUCCUACGCGACCCGCGGGUGUACCGACUACCGAAACCCGAAAGCUCGUUUGCCUCCAGUGGCAGUGCGUUUUCCGGUUGUCAAAUUCCAGUUGAGAUUCCAGAGGCGCGAUAAACAAUUUGCUUUCCCACAGUUUCGCUUCGGUUUUUGAAUGUCAGACGGCGCGGCGUUGUACGAUUAAGUUUUACCGAUUUACGCUCAUCACCAUGAUUGUUUGGUAUAUGAAAACCAAUAUUCUGCGUUCGCUGUAAAUUAUAAACACUACGUGACGUGACAUUUUGUGAAACCAGUACACGAGGUUGAGUUUGAUAAUAUCUAGUCUAGUAUUAUAAUAUGCAAGACUUUACAAAUGACUCUAGCAGCCAGCGAGGUACGGUAUCGCUGGCUUAUCUUCGUCUGUCACAGAGAAUACAAAAAUUUCUUGACGAUAUUACACCUUAUCGAACACCCAGAUGGGUCGCUGCACUAGGAAUUAUUGUUUUAUUUAUGUUAAGAAUAGUAUUGUGUCAGGGAUGGUAUAUUGUUACGUAUGCACUGGGUAUAUACCACUUAAAUUUGUUCAUUGCAUUCCUUACUCCAAAGAUUGAUCCAGCUAUGGAAGAAUUUGACGAUGACUCGGGUCCAUCCUUACCAACGCAUGCAAAUGAAGAGUUCCGGCCAUUUAUUCGUCGGCUACCAGAAUUCAAAUUUUGGUACUCGAUAAUGAAGUCGACGAUAAUAUCUAUAAUUGCGACAUUUUUUCAAUUCACCGACGUUCCUGUAUUCUGGCCCAUAUUAGUUUUGUACUUCAUCGUUCUGUUUUGCAUAACUAUGAAACGUCAAAUAAUGCAUAUGAUUCGAUACAGAUACUUGCCAUUCACCCACAGUAAACCCAAGUAUCAAGGUCAUGAUGAUAGUGGAAAGGUGAUUAGAGCUAAAUGAUUUUUAAAUGAUACCACUUCUGCCAGAAUCGUUGGUACCGGUUAUCAACCAAACUGUAUCAUAAUCAGAUUUGUUUGAUAUUACAAUGUUUAUUUAUUAUUUUUGUUUUUUAUUGUAUCCAAAAAUAUUAUAUUAUUAAUCAUUUUGAAUUAAAGCUAAAGUAUGGUUUAUUUUAUUUUAAAACAUAGCUUUUAUAUAUGUUUAUAUAUAUAAAUUAAAGAGCACAAAUAUUAUUUGUUCAACCGAUUUAGUAGAAAUAAUAGUGUAAAUCGUAUGAUUGUAGAUGUUUAAAACUUAUACUUGUCUUUUUUUUACACUUUAUUUGUAAUAAUUGUAUAGAUUAUAAAAAUUAAACCGAUUUCACAUUUGACUAUGAUAUUAACUGUUAACAUAAAAACAGAUGUGUGUACAAAAUAUGCUUUCUGUGAUACAAAAUCAUGAUUCUUGGGAUGCUAUAGUAAAAGAUUUAAUAUAUGAAUUAGGAUAUUAGGGACAGAGGUCUCUUAAAGAUCUUAAGGUGUAGUAAAUAAGUAGAAAAAUAAAUCACACUCUUUGGAGAUUUCAAAACGCA